AUGCCCAACGAGUCUUCCUUCAGCAAGCCUUCGGCUUCUUCGGAGCAUCACGCCCAGGGAGCUAAAAUGGGCACUUUUGGGAAAUCUGCCGGGCUAGUAGCCACCGGUGCUGGCAGCAACGCGGGGGUCUUAAACCAGGGCCCUGUUGGUGCCGCCACCACUGCAGGGAAAAAGUCCCCGCGUCUCCCUAAGUGCGCGCGCUGUAGGAACCACGGCUACUCCUCGCCCCUGAAAGGGCACAAGAGGUUCUGCAUGUGGAGAGAUUGCCAGUGCAAAAAAUGCAGUUUGAUCGCCGAGAGGCAACGGGUGAUGGCCGCCCAGGUUGCGUUGAGAAGGCAACAAGCCCAAGAGGAAGAGCUGGGGAUCAGCCACCCUAUCCCUUUGCCUAGUGCCACAGAAAUGUACGUUAAGAAAGAGAACAAUGCCAACAGUUCCUGCCUGUUGUUGGAAAGCACUAGCCCACCACAGUCCACAACCACAGCAACUGUAGUGUCUACCUCAUCCACAGAAGGACGGAUGCUAAUUCAAGACAUUCCUUCCCUGGCCAGCAGAGGGCAUCUAGAGAGCACAUCUGACUUAGUUGUGGACUCCACCUACUACAGCAGUUUAUACCAGCCAUCCCUGUAUCCUUAUUACAACAACCUGUACAACUAUUCGCAAUAUCAAAUGGCUGUGGCCACUGAAACCACCUCUGGUGAUAUGGGAAACCCAUUGGUAGGGUCACCUGUUAAGAGCAGCCUCCGAAGCCUCCCAGCAACUUACAUGUCAAGCCAGUCAGGAAACCAAUGGCAGGUGAAAAGCCCAGAAAAUCGGCACAGCUUGAGUUCCCAGUACAGGAUGCAUUCUUACUAUCCCUCCAGCUCUUAUUUGGGACAGAGUGUUGGGGCCCCUGCCUGUGUUCCCCAAAUUUUUACUUUUGAGGAGAAUCCUUCUUACUCUGAAACAAAAGCAAAUGUAUUUUCACCACCCAGUAGUCAAGAUUCUGGCCUGGUUUCACUUUCCAGCAGUUCUCCCAUCAGCAGUGAAAGUACCAAGGCUGUGCUGGAGUGUGAGUCGGCCUCUGACUCCAGCACCUUUCCAGUUCAUUCUGUUAUGGAAGAUGGCGAAUAA